AUGGAGGAUGGAACGAGGCAGUUGUGGGAGCUGAAGACAUUGACUAUGGAGAUUAUCCGGGAGGAAAAUACUCUUGGCGAAGAGGUUGAGUCACCUGAGGAGGAGGAGGGAGAGACUCGCUGUGUAUGUGGAGAGAUUGAGCCGCCCGAUGACUCCGGACUGUAUAUACAGUGCGAGCAGUGUUCCGUCUGGCAGCACGGAGCGUGUGUCGGGAUUGCAGACGGUGAGGAUAGCCAUGUCGAGAAGUACUGGUGCGAGCAAUGUAAGCCGGAACUCCACCACCUGUAUACCGUUGAUAGUACGGGCGCCACCAGAUCGGUAUACAAGCCAGUGGCAGAGAAGAGACGACUGAGCAGGAGAAGUACUCGGCGCGGCGACGCCGAGGCGGAGACACCAGUGGUGGGCAGUGAUCAGAAGGGAGAAUCUGCCGACGUUUCGCACUCAUCGUCGCCUUCAUCGGGCAGAUCUCAUGGGUCACGUGGACGGAAGGCAUCUUAUGGUGAGGAUAGAAGUGUAGAUGAUUCGAAGGCUGAUAACAGGGUUUCGGCUCCUGGGUCUGGGCUGGAAGGUUCCGAUGAAGCUGAGAGAAGGCUGCAGGACCGGAAACGGGCAACAUUUUCGGCAAGAGAGGAAAAACAGUACCAAUGGAUGCUGGAGAAAGCAAUUCGUGAGAGCAGACGCACUUCUCAACAGGAGGUCGAAGCGAAGAACUCGGAAGACGGGCACGAUCGGGAGACUGAUUCGGUUGUAGGCUCUGCCAAUCAUGCGGUUGAAGAUUUCAAGACCACGAGCCCGGAAACUGGGUUGAACGGUGUUGCACAACAACUGGAAGAAUUGAUCCCAGCGCCGGAAAGUGUGUCUACCGAGUUCAGUCAUGAGGCGGUUGCUGCAACCGCCAACACAACAGCACAGUCUGCUCAGGCUGCCAAAAAUACUUCCGAGACGGUUUCCCGAUCGUCUAACUCUACAUCUGAAGACGAUAGCAAGAGGCGGGCACCUUCAAGGCGAUCAAAACGGGUUGGGAAUAUUGCCAGAAAGAGCAAUAGAACCAACAGAAGCAGUUCAGAGAGAACGGCCAAUGGCAGAGGCAGAAAUAAUACAGGUGCUAGAGGGGAGAUCGGCAUAGACAAACCGAUGAAGCCUAGAAUACCACCCCAGAGAACAUCUCUAAAUGAGAUGAGGCGACGAGUAUCUGCAAUAUUGGAGUUCAUAUCUCGGACUCAAUGGGAAUUGAGUGAGAGCCACUCUUCGAAAGACGAGCUGGUUAGGUUUGUGGAGAAUCAGCAAUUUAUAGAGCAGGUGGACUCUAUUUUCGAAAAGUAUGAUCACAGCUUCAAGCUGAUGGACGAUCUAACGAGGUCUUUGUUACUUUGGGAGAAGAAAUACUCACGGACUUCCAACCUUCAUGAGUAA